AUAAUGUAUGAUGUAUAUACGAUCUUCAUAGUUUUGCUAAUAAAUACAUUUACAUUAUCGCAAUUGAUGGAUUUAAUUCUAACUGUGGACAAUGCCGAUGAUUUCUCUGAGAAUUUUUAUGUGAUGCUUGCUAUGUUCGUAUCAUGCUGUAAGAUGUUCAGUUUAUUAAGAAAUCGUAACAACAUUGCGAUGCUGAUUGAUACUCUGAUGAAAAAACCAUGUAGGCCUACUGAACACGAUGAAAUAGAAAUUCGACAGAAAUUUGAUAAGAUCGUACAAACAAAUACGCUUUGCUACGCGACUCUAGUGGAACUAACAUGUGCAUUUGCAUUAGGAACAUCUGUGUUUAAAGACUACAGAAAACAUAAUCUAGCUUUCCGAGCAUGGUUACCAUUCAACUAUUCUUCGCCUUUGUUAUUUCGGAUCGCUUACGUUCAUCAAUCGAUAAGCUUGACCGCUGGAUCUAUCCUUCACCUCGCUUGCGACAGUCUAAUUUGCGGAUUACUGAUGCACAUUUGCUCUCAGCUGGAAAUAUUGGAAUGUCGUUUGAAAAAAAUCAUUGAUAAGCCACAUAUUCUUCGGGAAUGUGUCAUACAACAUACAUGCAUUUUCGAAUUUGCAUUAAUGGCGAAUAAAAGAUUUAGAUUCACAAUCACGGUCCAGUUCUUAGUGAGUAUGUUAGUAGUGUGCUUCAAUCUGCAUCAACUGACGCAGACGAGUGUAUUAAGUGCGAAAUAUGUUCAAAUAGUAUUAUAUAUGUUUUGCAUGCUGACACAAAUCUCUUUUUAUUGCUGGUAUGGAAACGAAGUUAAGUUGAAGAGUCGGCAACUGGUCAGCAAUAUAUUCGAAAUAGAAUGGUUUGUGUUGGAUUAUCGUGUGCAAAAAGAUUUGUCAAUAAUUAUGAUGCGUAGUAUCGUACCUAUUGAAUUUACCAGUGCUUAUGUUAUCUCUAUGAAUCUUCAAUCGUUUGUCAGUUUGCUCAAGACGUCGUAUUCUGCUUUCAAUAUACUUCAACAAAUUUGCGGUUGUUGGAUACCGAAUUCUUGGAUGUCUCCAUAUAGACGAUUAAUAUAUCAUGUGUACACUGUUUUUAUACUUUUAUUGAUAAAUACAUUUACAUUAUCGCAAUUCUUGGAUAUAAUUCUGAUCGUCGACAAUUCGGAAGAUUUCAUGGAUAACUUUUAUAUGUUGCUUGCCAUGAUCGUUUCUUGCUUCAAAAUGUUUAGCCUGUUAAUAAAUCGUAGUAACAUCGCCAUACUGACAAACAUUCUUAUCAAUAAACCGUGCAAAGCAUGUGAUACAGUCGAAAUAGAGAUACAACACAAAUACAAUAAGCUAAUUGAGACAAAUACUCUGUAUUAUAUGAUCCUAGUUGAAUUAACAUGUGCAUCUACAGCUGUAGCAUCUUUGCUCACGGAUUACAGAAAAGAAAAGUUAACGUUCAGAGCUUGGCUGCCAUUUGAUUACUCCUCGACAACGCUUUUCCAUUUUACGUAUUUUCAUCAAUUAAUAAGUUUGACAGUUGGAUCUGUCUUACAUGUUGCUUGCGAUGGUCUUAUUUGCGGAUUAUUGUUGCAUAUAUGCUGUCAACUAGAAAUAUUAAGUUGUCGUUUAAAAAAUAUCGUACAUAAUCCAAAAGUACUUCGCGACUGUGUUAUUCAACACAACCUUUUAUUUAAAUUUGCGUUUUUAUUGAACAAAAAAUUUAGGUUUACUAUCACUUUUCAGUUCAUAGUAAGUACAUUAGUGGUGUGCUUUACUUUAUAUCAGCUAACCAAGGCAAGCGGAAAAUUCAUUGAAUUAGGAAUGUACAUGUCGUGCAUGCUGACACAAAUCUUUUUGUAUUGCUGGUACGCAAAUGAAGUAAAAUUGAAGAGUCUACAAUUAGUCAAUGAUUUAUUUGAAAUAGAAUGGCUUACAUUAGGACGAGAUAUAAAAAAGGAUUUAUUAACAAUCGCAUUACGCGGUAGAAUGCCAAUUGAAUUCAGUAGCGCUUAUAUUAUACCAAUGAAUCUGGAUUCGUUUGUGGGUUUGCUUAAGACAUCGUAUUCGACCUACAACAUACUUCAGCAAACGCAAAAUGACAAAGUUAACUAA